UUUGCUUUUGCGAAAGCUUGACGUGAUCAAAGCAGAGGCGUCGACGCAGGUCUCGUGCAUCCCUUCCAACAGAAUCUCGCAGUCAUUCUUUUCCAGAGCCUAGAAUCGCCGCUGGUUUUUUUCUUCUUCUUUUCGCAAGAGCGUUGCGCUUUAGCAUCUUGUCUGCCCCUGUCCUUAAUCGCCGCAUCCCUCUCUUUGUCUCUCCCGCCAUCUACUCGAAAGUGGGCGUCGCCCCCUGGUUUCUAUUCAAGCCCGGCCUUUUGUUUGCUCUCCAGCCACGAUGCAUCCGCCUCGGCCAUCAGCGCUGCUGCUGUCGUUUCUGCUGGCGCCCUUGAAUGCGGCGGCCAUGCUGAGCUGCAACAAGAUUCGAGUGGAUGAGCACAACUUUGAUCUGUCGCCGCUUGGGGGCCCGCAUUCGGUGGUGACGUCGCGGUUCGAGGCUAGCACGAAUGCUCACUACAACACCACCUGGACCGUGGACAUUUGCCAGCCGCUGAAGAAGAGCGGAAAGGCGAAGACGAAAGACGAGUGCCCCAAUGGAACAAGAGUCUGUGCCAUUUCCCAUUUUCUAAAGGGCGAUCAAGACGCCGUCACACAAGUGGUCGCCAUCGCAGGAGGACUCGAAAACGCCGGCGGAUCACAGUUCGAAUACGAGGCGACGAGGCUCAAGAGCAGCGACUCAAACUCCGAUGCCCAGAAGGAAGGCCUCCGACUUGUUCUCAAAGGCGGCAAACACCCUCUCACCGGCCCAGUCUCGGAGCGACGAACCCAAAAGGCCGUCAUUGAGUUUAUUUGCGAUCCUGACAAGACGGGCACCGAGGGCGAGUGGACAUCUGAAGAUGAAUACGAAAAGGCCCCCAAGACAAAGCGACGAGCAGCGGAUGACAAAGACGACAAAAAGGACAAGGACGAGAAAGACGGAGAUAACAAAGACGGAGACAACAAAGACGACGAUGGAAAGGGCGACUCGGCGACUGAGCAUCAGCUGAAGAACGACAAUGCUGCCCUCAUUUGGGAGGACUAUGCCAAGGAGAAGGAUUUCGACGUCCUCCGACUUACCUGGCACACCAAGUAUGCGUGCGAGAAGCGUGAUGGAGGCAAGGGCGGAGACAAGGAUGACGACCGCGAGCCCGGCGACUCCAGUGCCAGCUGGGGCUUCUUCACCUGGUUUGUUAUUAUCGUUUUCCUUGGCAUCGCGGCAUACCUCAUUUUCGGCUCUUGGCUCAAUUACAACCGCUACGGCGCUCGGGGCUGGGACUUGCUCCCUCACGGCGAUACCCUCCGCGACAUUCCCUACCUCCUCAAGGACUGGACACGCCGGGUGUUGAACACUGUCCAGGGCGCUGGCAGUCGAGGAGGAUAUAGCGCCGUCUAGUGAACGAGGACAUGUGCAUAUAAUUUCUCCAUGACAGUGCUCGACGAAUGGAUGGAGAAAUAGGCAGGUUAUCAAAUUCGAUGGUUGCGAACAAAGAAAGGAUUAUACAAUGCGCAAUGUUUUGGGGCUCUUGGUAGUAUUUUUUUUUUUUCACCCUAUGGUUUACCCUCCCCUGAUCCUCUCUUGUCAUGAUUUUAUUUUUUUGGCAAGGCGGCGUUCUGGUUGCAUACUAAGACCCGUUUGCGUUUUGUUUUGGGCGGACUUGGUAGAGGUUGUAUUAUUUUUUGUUGGGUUCUACUAUUGAUAAUAUCAUGAAAAUAUGGUUAUCGUCUCCUUUGCUUUCCAACCAGCCGUAGGUGAUGCCAUGGAUGUGGUUCUACUAUGGAUUGUAUAUUGAUGCUGGAUUGUGGUAAUGUCUGCAGGCCUCCGGUACAUAGACCAGCGGUGACUGCGCAGGAAGCUAGACUCACAAUGUCUCCAUAUUCCGGCUCAUUGCCCCAUUUUAAAGAAUGCAGAGCAAUGACUCCAUCGUUAUCAGCGCCUGCAGAAAAAGAGAAGAGCUGCAGCAAAUGACUCAGAUAUUGCAUGGGAGAAAAAUGCCAAGUGCCGUCAUCACAAAUAACUUUUUUUUUGUAAGAGGCCGCGGCGGGAGCAGCGAUAGCGGAGCUUUUAUCGAUAACAAUUUGAAGGGCGCGCGAUUGAAAUUAUAUCGCUCCCCGCCAUAAAGCUUGGCUCGCCCUCUUCUUAUCCAUUCCCAGUCACUUUCUCUGUUAGAAAAUUGAUUGGCAAUUUUGUUUGUUGUUUAUUUCGGAUCCAAUGGCUUUUAGGGUAUUGGCUGGGCGCCAGACGGCCGCUUUGGCUGCCAGCGCGAGGGGUUCUGGAGGACGGUUCUUUUCGGCGACGAGGGCGGUUGCGAGCUUGUCUGAUAGUGUGAAGCAGGCUAUCAAGGUGAGUCUUUUGUUUUGCUUUCUUUUGGCCGAUUCAAUUCGGUUACAAUACAGGGACAUCAAUUGGUGUUUUGAUUGCUGCAAUGAGCUAAUUAUGCUGUUUAAUGGCAGCGAGACGCAGC